GGCUGACUCUACACGCACAGCAGUUCCGCUGACAGAUGCCUCUCUGAGUGUCAAUUUACUUUCUCUCUUGCUGGGGGAAUAUUGGUCUAAGUACUGAACCAUGCUUAGGCUUGUGGGUGUGGUAUUGACCCUAACUGCGGCAGCUGGAGCUUGCAUAAAGUCAUGCGAGUGUGUAGACAACGAAACCUCUGUCACUUGUUCAAACCAGAAUCUUCUGGAGUUUCCUCAACCUCUACAAGGCGUCAAGGCACUUUAUGUGACUAACAGCUGGAUCCGCGCUCUCCCCAGUGAGGGUUUGGAAGAACUUCUGGUACUUGAUCUCACCAACAACCAUCUUGGUGAGUGGCUUACUGAUACAACCACCUUACCAAAUAUGAGAAGCCUCACCCAGCUGUUUUUAAGAGGAAAUGGAAUUUGCACAUUGGUGACUGGACAAUUUCAAGAACUGAACAAUCUCACUCUCUUGGAUCUCAGUGAAAACAACAUCAAGAUUCUCCCACCAAAGUUCCUCAGAGGUUUGACCAACCUUCAGGUCCUUUUCUUGAGCUCAAACCAGAUACAAAACCUGCCUUAUGCAGCUUUCAGUGGAGCUCCUGCACUUAGAGAGCUCCAACUGAACAAUAAUAAUAUACAGAUGAUAGAAAAAGGUGUGUUUGGAAAUUGCACCAAUUUAGAAAAACUCCUUCUGUCAAAGAACCAUUUGAAAACGGUAGAAAAAGGGACAUUUAUAGGUCCACUGGCCCUGGCUCACCUUGAUCUCAGUAAAAACAGGCUCGCCACUGUGCCCACAGCCGCGCUUACAGAUACACCCAAUCUCACUAGCCUCUAUUUGCAUCAAAAUGAUAUCACCUUUGUUCCUGAAAAUGCUUUCUCUGGACUGUCAGCAUUAAUAAGACUGUAUCUGAACAACAACCCCAUUUAUAGUUUAAAUGAGACCUCCUUGCAUGGUCUUUUUCAGCUUGGUGAACUUGAUCUGAGUUCCAAUCAACUGAAGAAUCUGCCCUCAUUAGUGUUUCAAGAUUUAGGCAAAUUGGAGUGCCUCAAUUUAUACAACAAUGCACUGAUGUCACUCCCUCAAGGCCUCUUUAACAAUUUAACCAAUUUAAAAGAACUGCAACUUGAUAAAAAUAAAAUUCAAACCAUCCCGCCAGAUCUAUUUCAGUCACUUUCAAAGCUCAAACAAUUACAGCUGGACAGCAAUCUCAUCUCAGAGCUUGACUCAUCUUCAUUCAGAAUGCUGAGAAGGCUUAUACACCUUGAUCUUAGCAAUAACAACCUGACCAAAAUUUCUAGAGGGCUUUUUCACAACACAGGAUUAUCCCCUAAUGACACUGAACACCUAAACUCGCUAAGAGACUUUAGGCUUAGAGAGCUCCACCUGAGCGGUAAUAAUAUUGCGAUGCUAGAAAAAGGUGUGUUUGACAACUGCACCACUAUGACUAAACUGCAUCUCUUCAACAACCACUUGAAAACCAUAGAGGAAGGGACCUUCAGGGGGGCAAUGCACCUGCUUUAUCUCGAUCUCGGCAAAAACAGGCUCACUGCCGUUCCCACUAGCUCCCUUAAGGAUACACCCAAUCUUAAUCACCUUCACUUGCAGCAAAAUGCUAUCACCUUUGUUCCUGAAGAUGCUUUCACUGGACUAGCCGCAUUAAAAAAAUUGGAUUUGAGCAAGAAUCCCCUUGUAAGUUUGGAUGAAAACUCCCUUAGGGGUCUCUUCAAGCUUAGUGAACUGGACUUGAGUUUCAACCAGUUGCAGGAUUUGCCCUCUUGUGUAUUCCAAGACUUGGGCAUAUUGAAGAGCCUUAAUUUGUACCGCAAUGUCCUGACAUCACUUCCGGAAGGUUUGUUUAACAAUUUGACCCAAUUAAGAGAGUUGCAGCUUGAUAGCAAUAAUAUUUCAGUAAUUUCCCCAGAGAUAUUUCAUCCACUGACAGAACUUAUAGAUUUACAGCUGGACCAUAAUCUCAUCUCUGAGCUCAAUUCAUCUUCAUUCACAAACCUGGCAAAGCUGAAGAACCUUUACUUAAAUAACAAUAAACUACUGAGAAUUCCUAAGCACCUUCUCCAGAAAACAAAACAUCUGAAGGAGCUACAACUGACACAUAAUUCUAUCCACUCCAUCCCAAAGUUUUCUUUCAAAGGCCUUACUAGACUCAGAUCUCUGAGACUCAGUGGCAACCAACUUUCUGUUGUCCAUACUGAGCUGCUAACUGGUCUUGGUGACCUACGGGAGCUAUCACUAGAUCAGAACCAAAUAGAGAGCCUCCCAGUUGGAUUUUUCACACAGCUUCAAAACUUGAAAAUGCUCGACUUGGCCAACAAUCGUCUGAGGUCCUUGUCCACCGAAGAUUUCAAAGACUUGUAUGCAUUGAGAGAGUUGCACUUGAGUUUCAAUAAGCUGAGUACACUGCCAGAUGGUAUGUUCUUAUCUCAAGAAAACCUUCAGAAGCUCUUCCUGCAGCACAACCACCUGCACUACUUACCCCCAAAGGUGUUCUCACCUUUGAUCUCUUUGCAAGACCUUGAUCUAGAAAACAACCACCUCCAGGAUGUAGCCCGAAUGCAAUUCCGCAGCCUGAAGAACUUGAAGCAUCUACAUCUCAAAUCAAACAAACUGCAGUCACUGGAUAACGGGACCUUGGAGGCUCUGACAGCUCUGAGAUCCAUACAUCUCGGCGAGAACCCAUGGGAUUGCUCUUGUGCCUCAAACAUGUAUAUCAGCAAAUGGAUCAAUAAGAGGACUCAUUUGGUGAAGGAUAUACCCACAUGCUCUGCCAGGUCUGGAAGGCUUGCUGGUCAGGAUCUCAAGAUUUCUGCCUUGUCUCCACAGCAUUGUGUCAGUGCUGCCUGCUUCUCUACAUGUAUGCCACAAAUGCAAAUAAUGACAAUGCUUAUGGCUUUCACCCUGAAUGUGCAGAUCCUGUGAGGUCCCUUUGUUUUUGUCCAAAUUCAUGUGCUUCUAUCACAGCUGUGGUCGAAAUAAAAUGCUAUUUUCUCCUA